GUGAGGUAGAGUAAGGGAGGGCACUGCAGUGGUGGAACCAGGCAUCUGGAGAUUUCACAUCUGGACAUACAUACUGUAGAAAUGACUCUUCAGCCAACAAGCAUCCCAGCCAUCAUCAGCACCACACCUCUGUAUGAAGACCAAAACAGUACCAAUGGGACUGAAUGUCCUGAAACAGAUGCGUGGGAGUGGCUCAACAGCAGACAGCCAGUGUAUAUCCUGCUCAUCACUGUGCUGGGAAUUGUGUUUAAUGUGUUUGUCCUCAUGGUUUUCUGCCUCCACAAGAAGGCCUGCACUGUGGCUGAGAUCUACUUAGGCAACCUGGCUGCUGCUGACCUCGUUCUGGUGUCCUGUUUGCCUUUCUGGGCUGUCAACAUAUCCAAUGGUUUCAACUGGCCAUUUGGUCAGUUCCUGUGCAAAGCUGUCAACCUGGGCAUUAAGAUGAACGCCUACUGCAGCAUCUACUUCCUCGUACUGGUUAGCAUAGAUCGCUAUGUGGCCCUGGUGCAUACGAUGUCCUAUGGCAGAAUGCGUAGACCAAAAUAUGCAAAACUGGGCUGUCUGCUGGUGUGGGGCUUUGGUAUGCUCAUGAGUGUCCCUACACUCAUCUUCAGGAAAGUUGAACAUUUCCCAGAGUAUGGUGUACAUGCAUGUUUUCUGGAUUACCCAAAUCACACCGUAGAACUUCUCUGUGAUGGGAUGUUGACUGUUUUUAGCUUUAUCGUACCUAUUUUAUUUAUUACAUUUUGUACAGUGAAGAUUAUUCAGGCUUUGAAAGUCCAGAAAAUAGAGAAGUUCAAUGCUGAAAAAACAGAGAACAGGGCCACCACACUGGUGCUGGUGGUCCUCCUAGCAUUCCUUAUCUGCUGGGUGCCGUUCCACGUGGUCACCACAUUGGAUGUGCUGUUACGAGCUGAUGUUCUGGGAGGCUGUCACCUCAUAAACGUUCUAGAAAUCUGCAAUCAGAUCUUCACCUACUUGGCCUUCUUUAACAGUGUUCUCAACCCCAUCCUCUACGUAAUUGUAGGAAAGAACUUCCGGAAAAAAGUUUGGGAAGUCUUCAAUCAGUGGAGCAGUAAGAAAAAAACAUCGUGUGAGUCCACACGUUCAAACCUGUCCUCUACACUGAAGACUUCAGUAUAAACUAAUGAACUAAUAUAUAAACUAUAUAUAAGUAUAAACUAAUUCAAAAGGACUGUUCCCCUCAAAAAAUAUUGUUUGUAGAAGAUGGCUGUGAUGAAUAGUCACUUAAUUGUCUUGUGAUUAUUUAAAUGAUUCAAAUUAUAAGAUAAAUUCAUGAUUGGGUUUGUAGUAGAUAUACUGAGCAGUAAUGGGAAAAGAUCCCAUUUCCUCAAAUUAAUUUUCGAUGGGACAUCUUUAAAAAAGUUUAACUUCAGCUUUAAUAUUUUUUGGCAAAUUUAAUGAUUUGAAUAAGACCAUAGAGUUUGUGAAUGAAUGUUUCCUUUUGCAGAUUGCUGAUGAAAGUUCUAUUGUGUCUCAAACAUGUUAAAUUAUUACAGCCUAUGUCACUUAUCAUGAGCUGCAAAACCUAACCACAUACUGUUAUUUUUCAUAUCUCAUCACUUACAAUGAACUGCAGCUUGUCUCUCAUUACAAAGCAACAAUAUCUUGAAUGUCCAGGUGUUGUGGUCUAAACUGAUAUAUGUAAAUACAGCUUUUGUAUUUUGUCUUAUAUUGCUGAUUAGUCAGAUUGUAAAUAGUACCUAUAUUUCUUUUUCUCUGUACAUAUUCAUCAAAUAAAAAAUGUAUAUGGUUUUACUGAUGUCUUGUUGAACUUUAUAAUGUAUUUAAACGUUAAGUAGAGCACAGAGAAAGUAAGAACACAAGCACCAGAAAUGGAAAGUAUGAGAGUCCCAAGAACUGCUUGCUAAGUGUUUUCUGGUGUUUCUUACUCAUUGUCU